AUGAAGCAGCCCAAGCCGCCGCCGUCGCUGCUCGAUGUAGAGCUCGUUCGUGCAGUGCGGCGCGUCGUGGGGCCAGCGCCGCGGCCUGCGGACUACGUGGAGGCGCUGCAGCUAUUCGCUGAGCCGCUGUCCGCCAUCCCGUUGCCCGUGCAGUGCGACGUGGAUACGGCGCAGGCCUUCCGCGACGCCUCACGCGAGGAAAUUAUGCUCAACGGAGUGCGUUUCGUGGGGGACCAUCGCAUUGAGGCCUUCGUAGCAGCCGUUAAGCGCAUUGUAGGUGCACAUGUGGGCGGCGACGAGCACCCAGACCGUGCUCUAUUAGUGGCGGACCGUAUCAUGAGGGGCUGCAGCCGGACGCUCAGCGGCGCCGACUCUUUCUUCGCCACCCACGAGCUGUUCGCGUCGCCCGAGGUGCUGAUCAAGCCCCGCGGCGACGCUGCCGUUCCGCUGGAUGUCACCCUUGGCCGAGACUUCCAAGACCACCGCUUCAAGUGCCGCAUCAAGUGCGUCAACCUCUUCGGGCUCUACGCGAACGAGGACAUCGAGCGGCUGCUGCGCAGCGACCGCCAGGAGCUUGACACGCCGCUCGUGGCGAUGGACGCCAUCAUAGUGGAGCGCAUCGACCUCACAGCGGACAAGUCCUCUCGCCGGCUGACGAUCCGCUCGCCUGACUGCAACAAGACGCCCACCAAGUUCGACCUGGAGCUCCGAGAGCUCUUCUAG